AUGAAGUCGGCAAUGCCCCGGAUCUCGUGGGUUAGGGGCGUCAAGUCCCUGCACCGUGCGAGCUCAGCCGUCUCGCGCAGGACCGUCGCCGUCGCCACUCGCUCCAUCUCGACGACGCCCGCGCCGCGCAACACAGAGAUCCCCGAGGACUCUAUCCUCACCCGGCUCCCUCCUACCCACGCCCUCGACAACAAGGAUACCACCGACCGGCGCCCUCUAGCCGUGCGCCACUCGCGGCUACCGUUCCCCGCGAGCCGCAACGAGGCCGCGACGCCCAAGGAAGUGAGCGCCGCGGACCCGGUGUACGAGCCGGCCACGUCGCUCGAAGACCUCGCGGAGGCGGGCACACUGAGCGAGUGGUGGGACCAGCCGGGCCACUGGAGCGAGCUGGAUGAGUUCACGGCGUUUGCGAGCGCGGAGAAGGUCACAGAUAAAGCCGCCAUUGCGGUGUACUACCGCAGAGCGCUCGUCGAGGUACUGGUCCUGCAGGAGACGGGCGCGCUGGGAGAAUGGGCUACGCAAAAGUGGGCAGAGGGCUCGCGCGAGGACAUGGAUGCUGCGCUCGCUGUGGAGAUUGUGGCCCAAGAAGGCGGUGCGGUGCUCAAGGGCGAGGUGGCUGCUGUUGCGAACAGCUUGAAGCAGGUGUCCGAGGUCUCGGAGGAGGUUGCGCGACCGGAGAGAAUCUCUAGUGAAGAAGCUGCUGAGAUGAUCAAGACGUGGGACUCCUCAUGGAAGGACAUUGCCGUCAAUGAUCAGAUGAAGUUUGCCCUCCGCAAACGACUAUACCAGCUCACCGGCAACAUGAUCCCCGACGCCAAGCUCGGCGCCGCGACCACGGUCGGCCACCUCAUCACCCUGACGGCCAAGCAGCCCAAGCCGCAGCGGCUGGCCGAGAUUCUGCAAAAGACGGAGGAGCUCCAGCGGCUGGCCAACGUCAAGUUGCACGACCGCCGCGUCAGCUCCAUCGACAGGGAAGUGGCUGUCGGCCGCUGGAAGCUGAUUGAGGCUGAGCUGGCCAAGAGGGACUUGCCCAUCACGGGCCAGCCCGAUGUGUCGGGAAAUAGAGAGAGGGAACACCUCCUGGGGAGGAUAUAA